GAGAGCAGAGUUCCGCAUUAUCAUCAUGGAGCUGAAGCCGCUACGUGGCUGGCAGACGGGACCGUUUCACUUUGCCAGUGCGUUAUUACUCCUUGUGGCGGUUGUCUACUCUCGAGUUCUGUUAACUCAAUUACAACAGUUUUGGAUUGCAUCAGGCAUCGCUUUGCAGUCGAAAUGGGAAGAAUUUUUCCACUUUGCCGGAGAGGACGAUUACUAUUUAUACGUUUGGGGUUGUGUACUCUCAAUGCAAAUCCCAUUUUGGGGUGUUGGUAGUAUUUUCAUUUUGAUGGAUUAUUACGGCUGGCCGAAGUGCGUGUCCAAGUACAAGAUUCAACCUGGCACUAAUCAGCCAGUUGAUUUGAGUAAGGUUAUUCAGACCGCAAAGGUAGUGCUGAUGAAUCAGUGGCUGCUCACCUUUCCUCUUUUGCACGCCAAUUACUAUCUGAAGAAAAUAACAAAUACCAUGCCAAAUUUCUUGGAGUUACCAACUUUUGGGCGCAUGUUGAUAGACUUGGUCGUCUUCCUCAUAAUCGACGAGAUCGGACUUUAUUAUAUGCACAGAUUACAGCACCAUCCGAAAUUAUACGCGUCUGUACACAAAAAACAUCACGAAUGGCACGCACCCAUCGCCAUCGUUUUUACGUACAGCACUCCAAUUGAGUAUAUCAUGACAAUCAUUCCCGUCAACAUAGGCCCAAUGAUUAUGAAUCCUCACAUAGUCACUUUAUGGACGUGGUACGCACUAGUUCACCUGAGAGGAAUAAAGAACCAUAGUGGCUAUGAUUUCCCGUGGUCUUUGUGGACAUCAGCACACGCACACGAUUUUCACCAUAUGACAAGUAAUAGCUGCUUCGGCAAGUCACUGGUGCUAGACCGGUUGCAUGGCACAGACAAGGCUUUCCGCGUUCAUAUGGCCCGAAAGAAAGCGUUGGAACACCGAGUCGUUCAAACAACAUUCAGAAAAUCUGAAUGAAAUAAUUUGCUUUGAAACGAGGUAAAGAGAUAUCCAUCCUUGAAAGAAUGAUGGAAUGGCGAGUCACAUUUCAGGUAGUUCAACGACAUCGACCUACCACGAACGACCUUUAUUCGGGGCUUCACCAGAACCACAGUAGAAACUAUGAACUCAAUUGGAUGAUGGCUGAUGGAUGCACUCGCUUAGAUGGAAAUUUGGAAACCAACAUCAAGUCUCACGAUUCUGCUUAUGGGUGAAGCGUUUCACCUAACGACCGUAAUUUGCGGUGGUAAGCUGUACACGAUUAUCCAUGAAAAUCCAAGUUGGGUAGAACCACGGAGCUUAUGCUGGUGAUUUGAGGAUGCUCAAAUGUAGAGACAUACCAAUUGAGGCCUUCUAGAAGAAACAAAAAGAAACAAGAAAUGGGUCUUUGCCUUCAUCUCAUGGUCUUUUCCAGCUCUUAAAAGCUGAAAAAAGCAAAAACGAAAUCGAUUUUAAAUCUAAAGCAUCAGUAAUGUCUUAGAUGAAAUUGAAACUUUGACUGAAACUGUGACUUUGAAACUGAGACUUGACAGAGAAACGAUGGGGAUGAGAUACCAAUUGUCAAGCGAAAUGUUGUGGCAAUUUGCCGGCGGCAACCCCCGCUAUGGUGCGCACUAGUACACUAGUCGCAUGAUAUUUUGCUCUAUCGGAUCCCUUAAGAAACAAAAUAGCUCUAAGCCUAUAAUAGGUUUUAAUUUGAAGAAGAAAGAGCUAGAAAGAAAGAGAGAUAGGUAUAGGCGGCCUAUACCUAUUUCUCUUUCUUUGCAACCCGCGAAAAAGGUGCAAAAUGACAAGCGGGAAACUUGACAGAAAGGUAGAGGAAGAGAAGAAUAGAAAGAAAACCAGGGUAUGGUAGGCACCAUAGUAUCCCUUCCGUCAAAAAGAAAUGAAAUGAUAUAGACCCAUUUGUCUGCUAAACAAACUUUCACCAGAGUCAUGGACUCAUGGAAACCAUGACUCUGCUUUCACGGUGACUGUAGUUUUUUAUCGAAGACAAGCAGUUUCAGGACGUGAGUGUAUUGUUCCUUAAUUUAUCGACUAAAAAUGUCCUCCUCUAAAAGCCAACCAGUAAAGUGAGUGUAGUAGUAAUUACUGUCAAACAGAUACACGCCUGCUGACAUAGCUAUAAUCUGCAACCAGAUUUGAUCUCCACUUUGUAACAUUAGUGUUGACUGAAGAGUGACGGGACUAAACUGAACAACGUUGUUGCCCUUUUCGACAUAACCCAACGCAAUUCUUUUUCCGUUCGAAUACAAACCUAAGGAAAGGGCAACUCUAGAUGUGGCGGGUGUAGUUGGGAAAAUUCACCACUCCUGUGAACGUGAAAAAAUAUGUUCCCAUCCUGGGUGCCGUAAAUUUUCCAGACGACAAAUCCAUGGCCUUGCCGGUGUUCAGUUGUUCUAUUUCGAAUGGAAUGGGAGUUUUCGUUCGAUUGAAACUUGCGUUUUUCUGCACGAAGAAGUAGGUUGGUAGAGAUUUGACAUCGGAAUAUCCAAUCCAAGUUUGGAAUUCUAAAAAAAAAUAUUUAGUAAAAU